GACCCUGGGACCCUUGGCUCUUCUGCUGGGCUUCGGCAGGCGCGCGCCCAGGAGGCACGCGGCUCGGCCUCGGAAGCCAUGGACUCGCAGGGACUGAAGACUUUGAUUAAUUACUAUUGUCAAGAGAGAUAUUUCCAUCAUGUGUUACUUGUUGCCAGUGAGGGAACUAAGAGGUAUGGCAGUGAUCCCGUCUUCAGGUUUUAUUAUGCCUAUGGUACAUUAAUGGAAGGUAAAACUCAAGAAGCUCUUCGAGAAUUUGAGGCUAUUAAAAAUAAACAAGAUGUAUCACUUUGUUCUCUAAUUGCACUGAUAUACACUCAUAAAAUGAGUCCCAAUCCAGAUAGAGAAGCUAUUCUGGAAUCAGAUGCCAGAGUGAAGGAGCAGCGUAAAGGAGCUGGACCAAAAGCUUUGUACCAUGCAGGCUUAUUUUUGUGGCACAUUGGUCGUCACGAUAAGGCGAGAGAAUAUGUUGACCGAAUGAUCAAAAUGUCAAAUGGUAGUAAAGAGGGACAGGUUUUGAGAGCAUGGCUUGAUAUUACAAGAGGAAAAGAACCUUAUACUAAAAAAGCACUAAGGUAUUUUGAAGAGGGAUUACAAGAUGGAAAUGAUAUUUUUGCUCUGCUGGGUAAGGCACAGUGCCUUGAGAUGCGCCAGAAUUAUUCAGGUGCUCUGGAGACUGUGAACCAGAUAAUCAUGAACUUUCCAAGUUUCCUUCCUGCUUUUGUAAAGAAAAUGAAACUACAAUUAGCCUUGCAGGAUUGGGACCAGACAGUUGAGACAGCACAGAGGUUAAUGCUGCAAGAUAAUCAAAAUGUGGAAGCACUAAGAAUGAUGGCCCUUUACUAUUUGUGUAGGGAGGGGGAUAUAGAGAAGGCUGCCACCAAGCUGGAAAACUUAGGAAAUGCACUGGAUGCCAUGGAACCACAGAAUGCUCAACUUUUUUAUAAUAUCACAAUAGCCUUCAGCAGAACUUGUGGACGUAGUCAACUGAUUCUUCAAAAAACCCAAACAUUACUAGAGAGAGCUUUUAGUUUAACUCCUCAGCAAUCAGAAUUUGCUACAGAACUUGGAUACCAAAUGAUUUUACAGGGGAAAGUUAAAGAGGCAUUGAAGUGGUAUAAGACUGCCAUGACACUAGAUGAAACCAGUGUCUCUGCACUCAUUGGAUUUAUCCAAUGUCAAUUAAUAGAAGGGCAACUACAGGACGCAGAUCAGCAGUUAGAAUUCCUUAGUGAAAUUCAGCAGUCUAUUGGAAAAUCGGCGGAAUUAACCUAUUUACAUGCAGUUCUCGCUAUGAAGAAAAAUAAACGACAGGAAGAAGUUAUUAAUUUGUUAAAUGAUGUCCUAGACACUCAUUUUUCACACUUAGAAGAUUUACCUCUUGGCAUACAGUAUUUUGAGAAGUUAAAUCCUGAUUUCUUGCUAGAAAUUAUUACAGAAUAUCUGAAUUUCUGUCCAUUGCAGCCUGCAAGUCCUGGGCAGCCUCUUUCUCCACUUCUCAGACGUUGUACCUCAAUCCUGGAGACUAUAGUAAGAACUGUUCCCGGUCUUCUGCAAGCUGUCUUCCUAAUAGCAAAAGUGAAAUAUUUGUCAGGUGAUAUUGAAGCAGCUUAUAAUAAUCUGCAGCACUGCCUAGAACACUGUCCUUCCUAUGCAGAUGCUCAUCUCCUGAUGGCUCAGGUUUAUUUGUCUCAGGAAAAAUUCAGAUUGUGUUCUCAGUCUCUUGAACUUUGUCUGAGCUAUAAUUUUAAGGUGAGAGAAUAUCCUUUAUAUCAUUUGAUAAAAGCUCAGUCACAAAAAAAAAUGGGAGAAAUAGCAGAAGCAAUUAAAACCCUGCAUAUAGCAAUGAGUUUACCAGGAAUGAGGAGAACUGGAACUUCCUCAAAGUCAAAAUACAGAAAAACUGAAGUCGAUGCAAGCCAUCGUUUAUCAGUCUUUCUUGAGUUGGUAGAGGUUCACCGCUUAAAUGGAGAACAGCAUGAGGCGGCCAAAGUUUUACAAGAUGCCAUCCAUGAAUUUUCUGGGACAUCUGAAGAGUUGCGUGUCACUAUUGCUAACGCAGACCUAGCUCUGGGCCAGGGAGAUGUGGAGCGGGCUUUAAGCAUGCUUCAGAAUGUUACAUCUGAGCAGCCUUAUUUCAUAGAGACCAAAGAAAAAAUGGCAGAUAUAUAUCUGAAGCACAGAAAAGAGAAGAUGUUAUAUAUCACUUGUUACAGAGAAAUUGCUGAAAGGAUGCCCAGCCCUCGUUCUUUUAUUCUCCUUGGUGAUGCAUACAUGAAUAUUCAAGAGCCUGAAGAAGCCAUAGUAGCAUAUGAGCAAGCAUUAAAUCAGAACCCAAAGGAUGGAACAUUGGCAAGCAAAAUUGGGAGAGCUCUUGUCAAAACUCACAACUACUCAAAGGCAAUCACUUAUUAUGAAGCUGCUCUGAAAAAUGGACAACAAAAUUAUCUCUUCUAUGACUUGGCUGAGCUCUUAUUAAAACUGAAAUGGUAUGACAAAGCAGAAAAAGUUCUUCAACAUGCACUAGCUCAUGAACCUGUAAAUGAACUGUCAGCUCUCACAGAGGAUGGACGUUCUCAAGUUCUUCUAGCAAAAGUUUAUAGUAAAGUGGACAGACCUGGUGAUGCAGUUACUUCAUUACAACAGGCUCGAGAAUUACAAGCUCGGGUACUAAAACGUGUACAGAUGGAACAGCCAGAUGCAGUCCCUGCACAGAAACAUUUAGCAGCUGAAAUUUGUGCAGAGAUUGCAAAACAUUCUGUUGCUCAGCGAGACUAUGAAAAAGCAAUUAAAUUUUAUAGAGAAGCUCUUGUUCAUUGUGAAACAGAUAAUAAGAUAAUGCUGGAGCUGGCACGAUUAUACCUGGCACAAGAUGACCCUGACGCCUGCCUGCGGCACUGUGCUCUGCUUCUCCAGAGCGACCAGGACAAUGAAGCUGCCACUAUGAUGAUGGCAGAUCUCAUGUUCAGAAAACAGGACUACGAACAAGCCGUGUUUCAUUUACAACAGCUUUUAGAACGAAAACCAGAUAAUUAUAUGACAUUAUCUCGUUUAAUUGAUCUCCUAAGAAGAUGUGGAAAACUUGAGGAUGUUCCAAGAUUUUUCUUAAUGGCUGAGAAACGUAACUCCAGAGCAAAACUGGAGCCAGGAUUUCAGUACUGUAAAGGAUUAUAUCUUUGGUAUACUGGAGAACCAAAUGAUGCCCUUCGACAUUUUAAUAAGGCUCGGAAAGACAGUGACUGGGGCCAAAAUGCCCUUUAUAAUAUGAUAGAAAUCUGUUUGAAUCCAGAUAAUGAAACUGUUGGAGGUGAAGUAUUUGAAAAUCUGGAUGGAGACCUGGGUAAUUCAACUGAGAAGCAAGAGUCUGUGCAGUUAGCAGUGAGAACAGCAGAAAAGCUUCUUAAGGAACUAAAACCUCAGACUGUUCAGGGUCACGUGCAGCUUCGCAUAAUGGAAAACUGUUGCCUAAUGGCUACCAAACAGAAAUCUAAUGUCGAGCAGGCAUUGAAUACCUUCACUGAAAUAGCAACGUCGGAGAACAGUGAAUUCUAGAGAAAGGAAAUUCUGCAAGAGGGCAUAAAUUAAUUCUCAAGGUAACGGCUUUAUUUAUCCUCUGUUGUAAGUGUAGCCCAGGUUAACUUACUAAGUGAAAACAAACACCAGGCUGUCUUGAUAUCUCACCUUUUCACCUAUGUGAACUUGAAAUUUUUCCAGCUCUAGAGCUAAGUGAGAUCAGUACCGACAACUUAUAAUUCAGUCAUGUAGAUAAUGAUGUUGUUCUUUAGUGACACUGAAAUCACCCCCUGCGAUAAUAAUAAUAAAUAUUAAAUAUUAAAUAAUAGUAAAUUAUUUUAUUAUUAUUAGAUCAAAGGCUUUCUCCUCUUUUCAGCCCGUUCAGAUCCACUGCCCUUCUCACCCUCUGGGCCUUUUAUUUUUCCUUCCCUCACACAGUGCUGUAUUUCUCCAGUUACUUGUUAUUAAGGAAGGAAUUCUAGGUACCCAUCCCAUCAACAGUUGGAAGUAGCUAGUUCUAAGCACGCACUUGGGAUUUCAUGUUCUUCUACUCACUGGUGGUGUAAGCCGUGGGAGACUCAUCAUGUGGGGCCUCUCACAGGAUGGACAGAAUUUUGCUGUGUUUUCUUGUGGUUCAGAGGUCACAGCAGCAGCAGUAAACGACCAAAACCUCCUACAGUGACCCCUCCCCGCUGCCUCCCAGGACCCUGGAGGGCUUUGGAAAACCUGCAACUCCUGUUGGUGUUUGGGCGCAAGUAUCCAUGGUGGCACUUGACCACCACUGUAAGCCGCCCUGGGGACAGAACAGCAAGGCAGCAGCCGCCCAGUUCCAUCCUCAAGCAGAGCCCCUCUGCUGACACUGAAGUAGUGCUCAGGGUGCUCAGUUGAAUUGACUGUGCAGCAGCAAAUGGGUGACAGCAGCUGACAGAACCAGAAAUAGGACUGUCCUGUAAGUCUAAGAAGAUCUGUAAAACAUGAUAAAGCACCAUUGCAAGGAAGGUGUCAUAGCUCCCUAAUGACACCUUAGGGAUGUUGUGAAGUAACAUUCUAUUCUAUCAUGUGAGGAGAGUUUAAACUGUGAGGUUUGAGAGAGAACACUAAAAGCAGUAAGUGACAUCACAGCUGUUUCCUAGAGAGACUGUGCCAGUUCUUUGUUUUGCUGAGACUACAUUAUUUUUUUUUUUUAUCAUUCUUACAUAUGUGAUUAGUAAUAUACGUUCCUCAGAUCUGUUUACUGGCCAUACUGUCCAAAGACUGAUGUGUGAAUUGAAGUUAAUAAGUGAAUUUUGUCUUGCAUUUUUACCUUUUAACUCAUAGGCUGCAUAUAUUAAAUAUAAUGAAUAUGCGUUAAGUAACCAGUCGGUGCUGAGCAUAGUCACAAAGACAAACCACAUAUAGACCCUUUCUUCAAGUUUCUCGUAGUCUAGGGAAGAUGAGACACGAUACUGAGGGUAAUGCAAAGCAAAGUCUGUUACAUUCUGUCCUAAAGUUGCAAAUAACAGUGCUGUAGGACAGGGGCUCCCAACCCCCAGGCCGCGGACGGGAACCGGACCAGCCAGCAGGAGGGGAGCGGCGGGCGAGCGAGCGAAGCUUCAUCUGCCGCUCCCUGUGGCUCGCGUUACUGCCUGAACCAUCCCCCCCCACCCUGCCCCCUGCCCAUGGAAAAAUGGACUUCCACGAAACUGGUCCCUGGUGCCAGAAAGGUUGGGGACCACUGCUGUAGGAGAGC